AGUGAGGGCUGGAGACUGAGAAUGGAUGGGGAACGCAAAACAGUGCGAGCGAGAGAGGAAGAGUGAACGUGCGUAUUCUGAAAGUCAGCAGUGAGGACGCAGAAAGUCCACAAGCUCACAUCAGCAGAGGAGAGAGCGUGAGGCGGAUCGGGGCACCCAGCCACUCUGAAGAGUCAAACACACAGCAAAGAGCCGUUGAGGGAGAAGGAAAAGAGGAAGAGUACGUGGAAGAAGAGAAGGACAGAAAACAGCUUUCCUCUGGUUUUGACCUCUCCAAUCUCCCCUGCCAUGAUCUCCUGGGUGCUCCUGCUCCUGUGGAUCUCCGGACAUAGGGUGGAGGCCAUGUUUACCCAGCAGCCCCAGGACAUGGUGGUAGUGGCGGGUGAGCAGGUGACGUUACAAUGCGCCAUCCCCGGAUACCGUGGUGUUGUCCUGUGGAUAAAAGAUGGACUAGCACUGGGAGUUGGCAGAGAUCUCCCUGGCUAUCCACGUUACAAAGUGACUGGCGACCAUGGCUUAGGGGAGCAUCAUUUGCUCAUCCAGCGUGUCGAGCUAAUGGACGAUGCAGUGUUUGAGUGCCAGGCUGUCCAGGCUGCCAUGAGGUCCCGUCCUGGCCGGCUCACUGUGCUGGUACCCCCGGACGACCCAGUCAUCGGUGGCGGACCUGUAGUGAGCCUGAGGGCUGGCAAUCCUCUAAACUUGACGUGCCACGCUGACAAUGCCAAACCUGCGGCAUACAUUAUCUGGAUCCGGAAUGGAGAGGUCCUUAACGGGGCCAUGUACUCCAAGGUAAGCACUGAGACAUUACUCCGAGAUGGCAGGAGAGAAAGCACAGUGAGCACACUCUACCUUUCACCAUCCAACAUCGAGACUGGUCAGCAGAUCAUCUGCAAGGCUUCCAACAAGGCAGUGCCCGAGGGCAAGGAGACCCGCGUCACUAUUGACAUUCAGCAUCUCCCUCUUGUCAAUCUCUCAGUGGAGCCUCAGCCCAUUUUGGAGGGCAAUCUUGUGAAAUUCCACUGCUCUGCAAAGGCCAACCCUCCCGUUUCGCUCUACAGGUGGGCCAAAGGUGGGAACAUGCUUAAGGAGGUCUCUGGGGACACCUAUGAGGUUAUCGUGGACCACUCAUUCUUCACAGAGCCUGUUUCUUGUGACGUUACUAACUCGCUUGGCAGCACCAACGUCAGUCGGAAUGUCGAUGUCUACUUUGGACCUCGUAUGGCUGCCGAACCUCAGUCCUUGCAAGUUGACCUUGGAUCUGAGGCCAUUUUCAACUGUGCCUGGACAGGAAACCCUUCUCUGACUAUAGUGUGGAUGAAAAGAGGCUCUGGAGUGGUUCUUAGCAAUGAGAACCUACUAACUCUGAAAAACGUGAGGCAAGAGGACGCAGGGAAGUAUGUCUGUCGUGCUGUCGUCCCACGUGUCGGAGCCGGGGAGAAGGAAGUCUCUCUUACCGUAAAUGGGCCACCUACUAUAUCCAGCACACAGACUCAGCAAGCGUUACAUGGAGAGAAAGGUCAAAUCAAAUGUUUCAUUCGAAGUACACCUCCGCCGGACCGCAUUGCCUGGUCAUGGAAGGAAACUGUUCUGGAGUCUGGAACCUCUGGCCGCUACACUGUGGAGACUGUCAACACAGAGGAGGGAGUCAUUUCAACACUUACCAUGAGCAACAUCGUCCCAGCCGACUUUCAGACCAUCUACAACUGCACAGCAUGGAACAGCUUUGGCUCUGACACAGAGAUUAUACGCCUUAAGGAACAAGGUGGGAGCCAAGAAUCUCUCCCAGUGGCUGUGAUCAUCGGCAUCGCCGUGGGAGCGUUCGUCGCCUUCAUUGUCCUAAUGGGCACCAUCAGUGCGUUCUGCUGCACCCGCUCCCAGAGAAAGGAAGUGCACCUGGUUAUGCCCUCACUGCCCGUCUCCAUCUGUGCUCACCAGAGAGAAGUUGCAAGCAAAAUUAAGACAGAAAAUCUGAAGGGAGUUGUGUCUGCAAAGAACGACAUCCGGGUGGAGAUUGUGCACAAAGACCACAAUGCGGCACGAGAAAAUGAAGAACACAACUCCAUGAAACAGCUGAUGGUGAGUGUUGAACGAGGAGAGUUCCAGCAGGAAUCUGUUCUGAAGCAGCUGGAAGUGUUACAAGAGGAGGAGAAGGAGUAUCAGCACAUUAAGGACCCUACAAAUGGCUAUUACAGUGUCAACACCUUCAAAGAGCACCACACGCCUACCAUGACGGGGAAUCAGACCGCUGAGGUGAGGAACUCCACCAACACCGGUACCCUCGGCAAGCAGCGAGUGCCAACAGGCAUGUCCUUCACCAACAUCUAUUCCACGCUGGGGGCAGGACCCAACCGCCUGUACGACUAUGGCCAGCGCUUUGUGCUUGGCAUGGGAAGCAGCUCCAUCGAGCUCUGUGAGCGGGAGUUUCAGCGUGGUUCGCUUAGCGACUCCAGCUCUUUCAUUGACACGCAGUGCGACAGCAGCAUCAGCAGCUAUAGUAAGCCGGAUGGAUAUGUGCAGUUUGAUAAAGACAGCAAGGCAUCUGCCUCUUCCUCUUCCCACUACUCCCAGUCAUCCUCACAGAACUCGGACCUCACCCGACCCCUCCAGAAGCGGAUGCAGACCCAUGUCUGACCGCUAGAGAGGGAGGGUGUUUGGAUGAGGAGCAACAAGCAGAAAGGAUUGUAAAACUGUUAAAGAUUCCACCUGCAGGAUCCCAUGAAUUAUCAGUGUUUGUAAAAAUUUCCUAUGGGACGCUCAAACAACGACUAGGCUUGAUGGACCUUGUGACCUGCUUAGGCAUCAAAAUGUCCCCAAAAAAUUAAUCAAGAAGCCUUAUAUUUCCUUCAUGUUUAAAUCAUCAAUCCUCUCUCCCUUUUUCUUUUUUGACCCAAAAUAGAGAUGUGCCACUGAGAGCUUAUUUGCCAACACAGACACUACAAGUUUGGAAUUUAACUUGCAACACUUGGUUUCUACAUUCAGAUUGUUAAGGAAUCAGAGAGCAUGAUUUCAAGGCUUUGUGUGACAAUCAGCUCUGCUGGCAUGGACCAAAUUUGCUUUCUGAAGACUGUGACACAGAGAAAAAGUGAGCAUUCAGCGCAGCACUCUGCACAAACUGCCAGACAAUGAAACAAAGCCAACGUCCUGCUGCCCUCUUGUAGUUUAAAGCACAACAAUGAAUGUGCAUGUUAUUUUCUGUCUGUUAAAUUUAUAACUUACAACACUUUCUCCUUGCCCGUUCACGCUGUGUGCUAAGGUUAAGUUGUUGCAGGUGGAGGAGAACUUUAAAAAGAACGCCUAUUUUUCCCAUCUUUUUCUAUAUCUGAGCUUCACAAGAAGAAGAGCUAAGAUCUCAAUUGAAUUUUUGGAGUCAUGUUUUCACUUUGACGCUGCGAUAAAAGAACAUCAGUGUCCACUUUCAAGCAUCUAAUUUUUUGACUCAUUUUCCACAUAGCGCAGAAAUAUACACAAGCGCCUCUUAAUGUCUAUAUCUAUUUUGCCUUGAGGGUCUGUUUGAACUGGGUCAUUGCUAACUUACUAAGUGAGAGAGACAAACACUAUCAGCUGUCCAGCUUAUGUGGAGCUGCAUCCAAUAUUAUGUUUUGAUACCAAAUCUAGUUCCAAGACACAUAAAAGAGGAAAUCUUACAAGCUUGCAUUGCAUUUGUCAGUUUUUUUCUUCUAAAUCUAAAGGUAAUCAACAACACUGAUAAAUAAACAGUAAACAUAAUGUUCUAGCUACUUGUGUGAAUAUCACAUUAGUAUUGUCAGUAUCACUGUUGACACUGGGGCUUAGUGCAUCCUGACUGUAUACCUACUAGUGAUUGUGCUGGUCGAACAUGACAAACAGAGACGGUUUUAUUUAUUUUUUCUGUUUUUAUGUUGGCUAUGAAGACGGUGGUGGAAAGCUAAUGCCUGUUUUCUUCUUUUCUGUGUGUGACAUAUAUUAGGUUUUGUUCGGUACCCAGUUGCUGAUGCUGUACUCAGCCUUUAGCCACUUACACACUAACUUUUAUACCAUAAUAACUCUUGUAAACAUAACUGAUCUUUUUAGAGAGGUUUGUGGGAAAACCCAGACUAUUGUCCAGAGAGUUUUUAAAAGUACCAAACCCUGCGAAUUCAAAUAGGUGAUAAGCCAAAGCUAUUGGUUAUAUCCAUUUCUUUCUAACCAGAACCAACAAAGUGAUUUGAUUCUUGUUUUGACUGCGUUUUUAAAGCAGAUGUAGAAAAACGACAUCAUGACUUCCAAAAAUGUUUACACCACUUUAGCAGUUAUAUGAUUUUUACAACUAUUGGCUUUAAUGUAUUUUAUUGGGAUUUCAGGUGAUAGACCAUCACAUAGUAAAAUAUGAAGCAGAACGAAAAUGAUGUUUGUAUUUAUGCUAUCUAUCUUCCCAUCAAUUCUGAUCAGCUUCCAUCAUAUUUUUCUGUUUUAUUCAGGGCAAUAUGCAGUGUUUGUUUUCCUUUACACAUAAAUUAUAAAGGCCACAAAAUUAAGCUUUUGUUUCAUGUUGGCACAUUAUUCCUCUACAUGGCUAGUGGGAAGUUGCAAAAUGGACUUCUUAUUGCCUUUUAUGUUUUCACCUUUCCAUACAGACCAAAUUUGUAGAGUGCGUGACUAAUAAUAGUACUGUUGACAUACUCCUAACUGAGCUGCUCCUUCAAAAUUACCUCAUGCUCGCUUCUCUGAUUAAUGCUGUCAUUGCUUGGCUUGUUAGCUGGAAAGCCCUACUCAUUCUAUUUCUGCAUGAUGAAAUGGACAAUGGUCUUCAAGACUUUCAGAGCUUGUGAUAUUGCUUUAGAACUUAUCCCUACAUUCCCCAACUUGAUGACAGACAAGUUCGCUGUGUUCCUUGGACUUGAUGAUGCUGUUGUUUUUUUCACUAACAUCUGAGGCCUUCACAGAACAGCUGUUCUGAGUUAAUUGAGUUAUACCGCAAUUAAAUCACACAUAGUUGGAGUAUAUUUAAUAAGUAGGUGACUUCUGAUUGGAAUUGAUUGCACGUUAUUUUAUUUAACGAAUACUUUAGUUACAUACUGAUGUGUGCUGGUCUAUGAUAUAAAAGCCCAAUGAAAUGCAGCAGAGCUAGGUUUUCAUAACGCGACAAAAACUUCAAGGGAUAUGAAUAUUUUUUCGUGAGGCACUGUGUAUUGUGCAGUACAUCAUAUAUAAUACCAACAUACAACCCUUCAUGUUUUCCUGCAUUUCCUGGUUUUACCUUGGAAUUACAUUUGCUUUAAUUAUCUCAAUAUUUUGAGAGAUAAACUACUGGGAUUCCUGGAACAACAAAUACUCUCAUAAAGCUGGAACACUUUGGCUGAUUAUAUUUUCUUUAAAAUUACAUAAAAAAUAAACUACAGAGCAUAAAUGGAUUUCAGAAUGUCCUAUCUAAUUCAGUAGGUUUUUUUUUACUUAGUUUGCACUGCUGGAGGCAGCUCACUGGGACGAUCCUGUGUGAGCUUGAAACUUCCAGUUCAUGAAUCACCAAGCACUGUAUUUGAACAGAAGCAAGUUGUUGUUGUAAGCACUUUACACAUGAUCAUAUUCAAGGUAUUUGAAUGGGGUUUUUCCACUUGAGAGGUAGCGGUUUGGACUAAUUUUACAAAUGGACUGGUGCCCAUUGUACAGCUUAAGACAAAAAGCUCUGUUUCAAUGCUGAUAAUCCUGCUUGGUACUUAACAGACUGUAUAUAAAUCUGUAAUACUGUCUUUCUCUGUAUAUAUUUAUAUAUAUUUUUUUCUUUUUCCUGGUUUUCAUUUCUUUUUCUCAGAUUUCUCAACAGCACAUUAGCUGUAGAGACAAACAAACAUAUGGUAUCAAAAUUAUACAGAGAGACAAUAAUGUUCUCUUUGUUUCCUUUCCAAAAAUUUCAUCAAGCCUGCCUAUUUCUUGCAAAUUACUCUGACAGCUCUCAGGAGCUGCUUUCUCUUUCCAAAAGAUCUCACCAGGAAAACCAACACUGCACACACAAGGCUCUAAGACGAGCUUAGGCAGGGACAGCUUUAAAGUGAGAAGCAGUAAGAGGUUAUUAUUCUGUCAGUCGAUGGGAAAGAUGCCCAGAUGCUUAGCAAUAUAUUGCAUUCAGCACCGUGAUGACUGUCAAGAAUGUCUGUCUUUUUUUCUUUUUUUUUUGCCAUUAAGUUUUCUUAGUUCUUAUGAGUGCAAGAUAUUUUUUUUUAUUAGUAGUAAUUGGAUUUAACAGGGUUCCUAAACAGAAUGAAGAAAUUAUUGAUUUUAUUUUUGUCCAGGUUUGGACUGGUAUGAAACAGACAUUAUUCCCAUCUCCGUUACCUAUAUGUUUCCUUCCAUCCAUCCAUCCAUCCAUCCGUCCGUCCAUCCAUCCAUCCAUCCAUCCAUCCAUCCAUCCAUCCAUCCAUCCAUUCAUCCAUCCAUCCAUCUAUCCAUUCAUUUUGCAGGUUCCAAAUUGGAAAUGUAUUCAGUACAUCCAUAGUAAACAUUUACUAAAUUUCAAAAAUUGGCAAAUAUUAAUGUAAAAUUUCAGGAAAUUCAAGUCUGGAAAAGUAUGAAAUUUUGACCAGAACAAUGUAUAUUAACACUAAACUACAGUAACUGAAUUGAACUAUACACUGUAUCUUUCUUGACACAUGUGGCUUUAAUCUAUAUUAUCUGUACAUAUUAUGAAUUCUUUUGUAACACUACUUUACAAAAGUUAUCAGAGCUCUGAUUUUUAGCAACCUUCAGCUUGUGAACAGGAAAACUUUGCCAUCCUCUAUGAACUGCAGCUUCUGUACUGAUCCAAGCCUAAUACAUUUUUCCAGUCCAGCGAAUCUCCUGCACUGCAAACAGAUAAAUAUUUGAUUGGCCUGCCUUCUGUCUCAUUCACCCCUAAAUGAUGGGCAUAAUGGCUAUUGCGGGCAUAGAAGUACUACAUGAUUUGAGUGCCAUGUUGGUCCCUGGGAACCAAAGUCCAUGUUGGGAAACUUGUGCCCCGUUCACCUGUGGACAGCUCACCGGCUGGUGCUGCCUGUUUGCCUGGCUGCGAGCGGCAGACAGAUGCCAGGGUAUAACAGAUGAUUACACACAGAGACCCAGAACAAUUACAAGAGGUUGCUGCCCUUUCGUGAUAAAACAAGACACACUUCUUAGCGUGUAGGAUGCAGGAUAGUCCUUUAUUCAGGUAUUCUAAGAACAAGUCUCUAAUAACUCUUUUUAAGGUUGAAGUGUCUGAGCUCAUUAGCAGGGCAAAGUGCUGACUGCACCACCAAUUUUGCUCAGUCUGAAUAAACUAGACACAAUGCAACAAGAAAUACAGAACAUUCCGGUGGUCAAUAUCUUGCCAUUGAUUGCAAACCGAAUCCCAUCAUCUAUGCUCUCCCCUUGUGUAUGAUAGUUGUUAAUAUCUAUGGCAAAACCCAUUAAAGCAGGUGCCAUUUGAGACAUUGAACUGAUCUUCAUAAACCUUUUAUAACUUGUAAAUGCUUUCUGUCUUUUUCUCUCUGUUUUUCCUUUCCUACCAAUCAAUACCUUGUUAGUACUGUGACAAAAUACAGGCAUAAGAUCAACACUAAAAUAGUACCUUCAGUUAAUCCUCGAGUUUUUGUUUUAGCCUUCAGACCACUUCUAUAAUGAUUUGGGUUUAGGUUGAAAACUGAAAGAAUUACAGAAAAAAAACAUCUGAAAGUCAAUUGUUCUAGUUAUCUGUGAUUGGUUGAGUUGUUUUGUUCUCCUGAUGAUGGCAAGAGGUUUCACUGGUGCAUGACUCAAGGUCAGAUAAAGUAAAUAUGGUCAUGGUAAAAAGACAGCAGGACCUCUGUCAGUUCUAAGGUUGUAGCUUGUGACCAGGUUCUGAAAGGGUUUAUAUUGUUCUUUAUAAUUACCAUGUAUUAUUUAUUAAACAAAAAUUAAAACAAAAUAUGAAGGUGUAAAGCUAUGUACCCAAGAUAUGUACUUAAUACAUAAAACCCUGUAAUUUAAAGGGGGUGUACUUUCUUUUUACCAUGAACAUUCCAUAGAGCAGUGGAGGCUUCUAAUGUAGAUGACAUGGCUUACCUCCCAGGGUGUAAUGGUAUUUGGGGGCAGCAUUGCUGAUCAAAAUUAAAAAGUUAUGUACAUUGAACAGCAGAUAUCUUCUUAAGUAUGCAUUGCAUGUUCAGCCAAUGCUGCAACCAACUAUUUGAAAUUUGGUCUAUUUGAUUAUCUCUUGUUCAAAACUUUUAAAUGACUGAACUUUAAAGUGAAUGAUGUCUGAAAACUUUACUCCAAUCUUGAAAACACAAGAAAGACCUUAGGGAAAUUGUGAAUGGCAUAGAAGGACGGACUUGUCCAUUCAAAUAGAACCAAGAGGGUCAUUUUAAGAAUGUUAUAAAUAGUAACAAUGCACAUACAGCAACUUGAUGACAAGAAGACAAGAUGUAAAUUCUUUCAGGUCAACCAUUAUUUUAGGCAGUGGCUGUCAUAUAUCUGUAAAGAGAAAAAAAAAGAAAACAGUUGUAUUUUAACAGUACUGGUCUGUGAAUCUAUGAUGCUUUUGCUCUGUAUAUUUGGAAAAUAAAACUGAUGUUUGAAUUUGUG